UUAAGCAGCGCUCAGGCUCUCCUCCUCAACUCCCAACCACCAUCUUCCCCCCUUCAACUGCGCACUGUCCAAGUAAACGCCUCUCACCGACUGGUGCCCGCCCAAGCCCGAAAGGUCUGAUUGGAGCUGUCUUUGAUCGGCCUCCCUUGCUUGGUCUCUUAGGCUCAGCCUUGCUGUCUGGUUGAGCUCUACUUUGUCGUCCACCUAUCCAGCGAACCCCCGCUACCGCUCUACCGCACUUCCCAGUAUCUUAGUGUUAUGUCGCCUGUCGCUACCGACCCUUAUCGCACGACCCGCCCCGCUCCGCUGAAGAGCAUGCCCCCUUCGUCCACCAACAGCGAGUGCAUCUUCGACCCUAUGCCCGAGGCGCUCGCCGCGUUCUCCCGGGGCGAGUUCCUCGUAGUGAUGGACGACGCUGACCGGGAGAACGAGGGUGACCUGAUUGUCCCCGCCCAUGGUAUUACCACGGAACAGAUGGCGUGGUUCAUCAAGCAUACUAGUGGGUAUAUAUGUGUUUCCCUCCCAGGGGAGAGACUCGAGGAGCUCAGGUUGCCCUUGAUGGUACCUAUGAAUGAGGAGAGGCAUAGGACGGCGUAUACCGUCACGGCGGACUAUAAGUACGGCACGACAACCGGGAUUUCGGCACAUGAUCGCGCUCUUACGGCACGUAUGAUGGCCCAGGGUGGGAAGGCGGAGGACUUCAACAGACCGGGGCAUAUGGUCCCCCUUCGCGCUCGCGAAGGAGGCGUCCUCACCCGGAAAGGCCAUACCGAGUCCGCGCUGGAUCUGUGCAAGCUGACGAACCAGCCGGCCGCGGGAUUGCUGUGCGAACUGGUGAACGAUGAUGUGCAGGGCUCUAUGGCUCGGCGGGACGACUGCCGGGCGUUUGCAGACCGCUGGGGGCUCAAGAUGAUCAGCGUGGAGAUGAUCGUCCAGUGGCGGAAGGAGCAUGAGGGAUCGCAGAUUUGAAUGGGCGUAGUGCGUUGGGUGUGUGAGAAGUGGUCAGAGGGUGAAAGGGGGGAAAAGACGGUGCUGUCCCGAAAUAUGUGAUUGUGGUAGAGAGCUGUCUGUCUGCUGCUUGGAAUCUAUACGUAUCUCUGCU